AUGGCUUUGUAUUAUAUGCUAUCAGGUAUGGGAAGAGGAGGAGAGCGAGGUGGUUUCCCCCCUCGUGGAGGCCCUCGAGGUGGAAUGGGUUGGAACGGGCCUCCCGGAGGCAACGUGCAGAAGAGAGCUGGAGACUGGGAAUGUCCCAGCCCUGGAUGUGGAAAUCAAAACUUCUCCUGGAGAACAGAGUGUAACCAAUGUAAAGCUCCAAAACCUGAAGGCCUUGGAGCUCCUUCCUUCCCUCCUGCAGGUGGUGAUCGUGGCAGGGGUGGAAUGAGGGGCGGCAGGGGAAUGGAUCGUGGUGGUCCGGGGGGCAUGCGUGGAGGCUGGGGAGGAGAUCGCGGUGGCUUCAGAGGAGGCCGUGGUGGAAUGGACAGGGGCGGAUUCAGAGGAGGUAGCAGGGGUGGUCCUCCCAUGGACAGAGGGGGCAGGAGAGGCAUGGGACCCCCAGGCAAGAUGGAUAUGAGGGAUCAUCGUCAGGAGCGCAGAGACAGACCCUACUGAGAUCAUGCAUCAAGCAAAAGGAAAUUUACAUAGAGGAAAAUUUUAAAGUCAUUUUUAUUUAUGAUUCCAUAUUUAUACAUGGUAAUCUUUUUUGUUUGCUUUUCCUUUUUUAAUUUCAGUACCACAUUGUGGUUUUAGUUAAACCUUGAGGUUGCUUUUUUGUAUGCAGUAAUGGCCUUUUUUCCUUUUAAGAUAUUCCGUUGCCCUGUAGUCAACGUUUUUGGGGGUGUCUGUCUUAUGUGUCUCUCUAUGUAACUAUGUACUUUGAACUGUUUUUAAAAAAAUAAACUUUUCCACCUCCAUUG